CAGCGGCGCGGCGCGGCGGCAGCGGCGGCGGCUCGGACCCCUCCCCCGGCUCCCCCCAUCGGUGCAGCUCUCCGGGCGAUGCCAGAAUAGAUGCCGGGGCAAUGUCCCGCCGCAAACAGGGCAACCCGCAGCACUUGUCCCAGAGGGAGCUCAUCACCCCAGAGGCUGAGCAUGUGGAGGCCACCAUCCUCGAGGAAGAUGAGGGUCUGGAGAUAGAGGAGCCCAGCAGCCUGGGGCUGAUGGUGGGUGGCCCCGACCCUGACCUGCUCACCUGUGGACAGUGUCAGAUGAACUUCCCCCUGGGGGACAUCCUGGUUUUUAUAGAACACAAGAAGAAGCAGUGUGGCAGCAGCCUGGGUGGCUGCUAUGACAAAGGCCUGGACAAGGGCAGCCCGCCGCCCUCCUCACGCUCUGAGCUCAGGAAAGUGUCCGAGCCGGUGGAGAUCGGGAUCCAGGUCACCCCCGACGAAGAUGACCACCUGCUCUCACCCACGAAAGGCAUCUGCCCCAAGCAGGAGAACAUUGCAGGGCCGUGCAGGCCUGCCCAGCUGCCAGCGACGGCCCCCAUAGCUGCCUCCUCCUCCCACCCUCACACAUCUGUGAUUACUUCACCUCUGCGUGCCCUGGGCGCUCUACCGCCCUGCUUCCCCCCGCCGUGCUGCAGCGCGCGCCCUGUCUCGGGUGACGGGACUCAGGGUGAGGGUCAGACGGAGGCUCCCUUUGGAUGCCAGUGUCAGUUGUCAGGUAAAGAUGAACCUUCCAGCUACAUUUGCACAACAUGCAAGCAGCCCUUCAACAGCGCGUGGUUCCUGCUGCAGCACGCGCAGAACACGCACGGCUUCCGCAUCUACCUGGAGCCCGGGCCGGCCAGCAGCUCGCUCACGCCGCGGCUCACCAUCCCGCCGCCGCUCGGGCCCGAGGCCGUGGCCCAGUCCCCGCUCAUGAAUUUCCUGGGCGACAGCAACCCCUUCAACCUGCUGCGCAUGACGGGCCCCAUCCUGCGGGACCACCCGGGCUUCGGCGAGGGCCGCCUGCCCGGCACGCCGCCGCUCUUCAGCCCGCCGCCGCGCCACCACCUGGACCCGCACCGCCUCAGCGCCGAGGAGAUGGGGCUCGUCGCCCAGCACCCCAGUGCCUUCGACCGAGUCAUGCGCCUGAACCCCAUGGCCAUCGACUCGCCCGCCAUGGACUUCUCGCGGCGGCUCCGCGAGCUGGCGGGCAACAGCUCCACGCCGCCGCCCGUGUCCCCGGGCCGCGGCAACCCUAUGCACCGGCUCCUGAACCCCUUCCAGCCCAGCCCCAAGUCCCCGUUCCUGAGCACUCCGCCGCUGCCGCCCAUGCCCCCCGGCGGCACGCCGCCGCCCCAGCCGCCGGCCAAGAGCAAGUCGUGCGAGUUCUGCGGCAAGACCUUCAAGUUCCAGAGCAAUCUCAUUGUGCACCGGCGCAGCCACACGGGCGAGAAGCCCUACAAGUGCCAGCUGUGCGACCACGCGUGCUCGCAGGCGAGCAAGCUCAAGCGCCACAUGAAGACGCACAUGCACAAGGCCGGCUCGCUGGCCGGCCGCUCCGACGACGGGCUCUCGGCCGCCAGCUCCCCGGAGCCCGGCACCAGCGAGCUGGCCGGCGAGGGCCUCAAGGCGGCCGACGGCGACUUCCGCCACCACGAGAGCGACCCGUCGCUGGGCCACGAGCCUGAGGAGGAGGACGAGGAGGAGGAGGAGGAGGAGGAGGAGCUGCUGCUGGAGAACGAGAGCCGGCCCGAGUCGAGCUUCAGCAUGGACUCGGAGCUGAGCCGCAACCGGGAGAACGGCGGCGGCGGCGGCGGCGGCGGCGUGGCCGGGGUGCCGGGCGCGGGCGGCGGCGGCGGCGUGGGCGGCGCAGCCAAGGCGCUGGCCGACGAGAAGGCGCUGGUGCUGGGCAAGGUCAUGGAGAAUGUGGGCCUGGGCGCGCUGCCGCCCUACGGCGAGCUGCUGGCCGACAAGCAGAAGCGCGGCGCCUUCCUGAAGCGCUCGGCGGGCGGCGGGGACCCGGGCGACGACGACGACGCGGGCGGCUGCGGCGACGCGGGCCCGGGCGGCGCGGUCAACGGGCGCGGGGGCGGCUUCGCGCCGGGCGCCGAGCCCUUCCCGGGCCUCUUCCCGCGCAAGCCGGCGCCGCUGCCCAGCCCCGGGCUCAACAGCGCCGCCAAGCGCAUCAAGGUGGAGAAGGACCUGGAGCUGCCGCCCGCAGCGCUCAUCCCGUCCGAGAACGUGUACUCGCAGUGGCUCGUGGGCUACGCGGCGUCGCGGCACUUCAUGAAGGACCCCUUCCUGGGCUUCACGGACGCGCGCCAGUCGCCCUUCGCCACGUCGUCCGAGCACUCGUCCGAGAACGGCAGCCUGCGCUUCUCCACGCCGCCCGGGGACCUGCUGGACGGCGGGCUGUCGGGCCGCAGCGGCACGGCCAGCGGGGGCAGCACGCCGCACCUGGGCGGCCCGGGCCCCGGGAGGCCGAGCUCCAAGGAGGGCCGGCGUAGCGACACGUGCGAGUACUGCGGCAAGGUGUUCAAGAACUGCAGUAACCUGACGGUGCACCGGCGGAGCCACACCGGCGAGCGGCCUUACAAGUGCGAGCUGUGCAACUACGCGUGCGCGCAGAGCAGCAAGCUCACGCGCCACAUGAAGACGCACGGGCAGAUCGGCAAGGAGGUGUACCGCUGCGACAUCUGCCAGAUGCCCUUCAGCGUCUACAGCACCCUGGAGAAACACAUGAAAAAGUGGCACGGCGAGCACUUGCUGACUAACGACGUCAAAAUCGAGCAGGCCGAGAGGAGCUAA